GUUUAGAGGACGCCCUCCAAAAAAGCAUCGUAAACCUUACAAAAUCUUAUCAACUAUUUGCACUAGGCUAUUUAGGCUAUGUGAUUGUAUACGCGUCAAAGAACGUGACGAAGCGUCAGUGCGUCAUCGCGCUGCAGCAGUGCAGUAGCAUAACUGAAUCAUCCCAAAAUAUUGCUUUCUCUUUGGCAUCGACGCAGAGGAGGACCAGAGCAAUAUUGUGUAUCAGAAGCUGCGGUGAUUUUUUUAGUAGAAGUGACGAAAAUGAAACCUCUAAUUAUUUUGUCCGUUUUGCUCUUGUGCUCAAUCAAUCAUGGAGUGUCUGGUGUGGAUUCAGAAGAUGUGUUUGUGAAGGAGGGAGAUUCAGUCACUCUACACACUGGUGUUCAAACAAAACAUCAAGACAGAAUUAGAUGGUAUUUUAAUGACAUUCGCAUCGCUCAAAUCAAGGGAGAUCUCAGUAAGAUCUGUACAGAUGUUCAGUGUAAUGAAGGAACUGAGAGAUUCAGAGACAGACUGAAGCUGGAUCAUCAGACUGGAUCUCUGACCAUCAUGAACAUCACAAACACAGACUCUGGAGAAUAUAAACUAUGGAUCACCAGCAGCAGCGACAGUGAAAAGAUCUUCAGUGUUUCUGUUCAUGGUGUUUCUGCUGCUGAACGAAAUGAAGUGAAUGGACAGGUGGGAGAAUCUGUCACUUUAGAUCCUGGUGUAAAAAGCCCAAAUAUUUUGAUGAUGUGGUAUUUUAAUGAGAUUCUUAUCGCUGAAAUCACUGGAGAUCAGAGUAAGAUCUGUACAGAUGUUCAGUGUGAUGAGAGAUUCAGAGACAGACUGAAGCUGGAUCAUCAGACUGGAUCUCUGACCAUCACAAACACCAGAAACACAGACUCUGGAGAAUAUACACUGAAGAUCAGCAGCAGCAGCAGCAGCCGUCGUCAUCGCAGCAGCAUCAUUAAGAGCUUCAGUGUUUCUGUCACUGAUUCAGGUUUGUCUUCAGCUGCUGCAGCAGGAAUAGUUGUUGUUGUUCUGCUGUUUGUGGCUGUAGCAGUUGCUUCUGUGAUUAAACAUUUUUACAAGAUAUCUACAAAAGGAAGAAAUGGAACUGGGAAAACAUGCGAUGAUUGUCAGGUGAUUUGUGAUACAGAACGUGUGUCCCUUAUUGACAAUUUUGACAACGGCCGGGAGAACAGUAUUCCGAAAGAGCCUCAGACAACAAAUGAAAACGGCGGGGGGAAGAAAAGUAUUCCGAAAGAGUCUCAGACAACAAAUGAAAACGGCGGGGAGACCAGUAUACCGAAAGAGUCUCAGACAACAAAUGAACACAGCGGGGGAAAAAAAAGUAUUCCGAAAGAGCCUCAGACAACAAAUGAACACGGCGAGGAGAACAGUAUUCCGAACGAGUCUCAGACAACAAAUGAAAACGGCGAGGAGAACAGUAUUCCGAACAAAUCUCAGAUAACAAAUGAACACGGCGGGGAGAAAAGUAUUCCGAAAGAGCCUCAGACAACAAAUGAAAACGGCGAGGAGAACAGUAUUCCGAACGAGUCUCAGACAACAAAUGAAAACAGCGGGGAGAACAGUAUUCCGAACAAAUCUCAGAUAACAAAUGAACACGGCGGGGAGAACAGUAUUCCGAAAGAGCCUCAGACAACAAAUGAAAACAGCGGGGAGAACAGUAUUCCGAACGAGUCUCAGACAACAAAUGAAAACAGCAGGGAGAACAGUAUUCCGAACGAGUCUCAGACAACAAAUGAAAACAGCGGGGAGAACAGUAUUCCGAAAGAGCCUCAGACAACAAAUGAAAACAGCGGGGAGAACAGUAUUCCGAACGAGUCUCAGACAACAAAUGAAAACGGCGGGGAGAACAGUGUUCCGAACAAAUCUCAGAUAACAAAUGAACACGGCGGGGAGAACAGUAUUCCGAAAGAGCCUCAGACAACAAAUAAAAACAGCGGGGAGAACAGUAUUCCGAAAGAGCCUCAGACAACAAAUGAAAAUGGCGAGGAGAACAGUAUUCCGAACGAGUCUCAGACAACAAAUGAAAACAGCGGGGAGAACAGUAUUCCGAACAAAUCUCAGAUAACAAAUGAACACGGCGGGGAGAACAGUAUUCCGAAAGAGCCUCAGACAACAAAUAAAAACAGCGGGGAUAACAGUAUUCCGAACGAGUCACAGACAACAAAUGAAAACAGCGGGGAGAACAGUAUUCCGAACGAGUCUCAGACAACAAAUGAAAACGGCGGGGAGAACAGUGUUCCGAACAAAUCUCAGAUAACAAAUGAACACGGCGGGGAGAACAGUAUUCCGAAAGAGCCUCAGACAACAAAUAAAAACAGCGGGGAGAACAGUAUUCCGAAAGAGCCUCAGACAACAAAUGAAAAUGGCGAGGAGAACAGUAUUCCGAACGAGUCUCAGACAACAAAUGAAAACAGCGGGGAGAACAGUAUUCCGAACAAAUCUCAGAUAACAAAUGAACACGGCGGGGAGAACAGUAUUCCGAAAGAGCCUCAGACAACAAAUAAAAACAGCGGGGAUAACAGUAUUCCGAACGAGUCACAGACAACAAAUGAAAACAGCGGGGAGAACAGUAUUCCGAACGAGUCUCAGACAACAAAUGAAAACGGCGGGGAGAACAGUGUUCCGAACAAAUCUCAGAUAACAAAUGAACACAGCGGGGAGGAAAGUAUUCCGAAAGAGCCUCAGACAACAAAUGAACACAGUGGGGAGAACAGCAUUCCGAAAGAGCCUCAGACAACAAAUGAACACGGCGGGGAGGAAAGUAUUCCGAAAGAGCCUCAGACAACAAAUGAAAACAGCGGGGAGAACAGUAUUCCGAAUGAGUCACAGACAACAAAUGAAAACAGCGGGGAGAACAGUAUUCCGAACGAGUCUCAGACAACAAAUGAAAACGGCGGGGAGAACAGUGUUCCGAACAAAUCUCAGAUAACAAAUGAACACAGCGGGGAGGAAAGUAUUCCGAAAGAGCCUCAGACAACAAAUGAACACAGUGGGGAGAACAGCAUUCCGAAAGAGCCUCAGACAACAAAUGAACACGGCGGGGAGGAAAGUAUUCCGAAAGAGCCUCAGACAACAAAUAAAAACAGCGGGGAGAACAGUAUUCCGAAAGAGCCUCAGACAACAAAUGAAAACAGCGGGGAGAACAGUAUUCCGAACGAGUCUCAGACAACAAAUGAAAACAGCGGGGAGAACAGUAUUCCGAACGAGUCUCAGACAACAAAUGAAAACAGCGGGGAGAACAGUAUUCCGAAUGAGUCACAGACAACAAAUGAAAACAGCGGGGAGAACAGUAUUCCGAAUGAGUCACAGACAACAAAUGAAAACAGCGGGGAGAACAGUAUUCGGAAAGAGCCUCAGACAACAAAUGAAAACAGCGGGGAGGAAAGUAUUCCGAAAGAGCCUCAGACAACAAAUGAACACAGUGGGGAGAACAGCAUUCCGAAAGAGCCUCAGACAACAAAUGAACACGGCGGGGAGGAAAGUAUUCCGAAAGAGCCUCAGACAACAAAUAAAAACAGCGGGGAUAACAGUAUUCCGAAAGAGCCUCAGACAACAAAUGAAAACAGCGGGGAGAACAGUAUUCCGAAUGAGUCACAGACAACAAAUGAAAACAGCGGGGAGAACAGUAUUCCGAACGAGUCUCAGACAACAAAUGAAAACGGCGGGGAGAACAGUGUUCCGAACAAAUCUCAGAUAACAAAUGAACACAGCGGGGAGGAAAGUAUUCCGAAAGAGCCUCAGACAACAAAUGAACACAGCGGGGAGGAAAGUAUUCCGAAAGAGCCUCAGACAACAAAUGAACACGGCGGGGAGAAAAGUAUUCCGAAAGAGCCUCAGACAACAAAUGAAAACAGCGGGGAGGAAAGUAUUCCGAAAGAGCCUCAGACAACAAAUGAAAACGGCGAGGAGAACAGUAUUCCGAACGCGUCUCAGACAACAAAUGACAACGGCGGGGGGACAGUAUUCUGAAAGAGUCUCAGACAACAAAUGACAACGGCGGGGGGAACGGUAGUGUUGUAGCAAAUAAUCAACCCGACUCUACUGCGUAAGAGAUGAACACGUCCAAUUGUCUUUCGAAAGUUUUAUUUCUUGCAAGAAAGUUCAGACAGUCAACAGAAACACAAGUAGCUGCAGAGUGUAAGACAAAGAACGAAAGCUUCCCCUCACUUUUAUAUCUCUAACCUCCAAGGCCGAAGCCUCUGUCCUUUUACCAUAUUAGGAACAUCUCUUAGCGGCUGUAACUUUCCACACAUUGUUAGCACAGACAUGUUUUUAACAUACAUCAUAUCAUGUUCCAUAAGCAUUAUAUUUCAUAAGAAUAAGUAAAAAUCAUAUGAAAAAUUAAAAUUUCCACAACAGUGGUCAGAAAGAGUCUCUGAUAACAGAUGACAACAGCGGGGCAAACAGUAAUCUGAACACAGCAAAAUGCCCAGUGUUAAAUGAACACCCAAAGUGUACAUAUGACUCCAUCUUGUCGGGUGUUAAAAAGUAACACUGACGCAGUGUUAAAGUUAAUGAGAUAAUUGA